ACUCAGAAACUCAGUCUCGAGUGCGAUAUUGGCGAGCGUGAACGUGUUUACUUGGGCUUCGAUUGCAAGUACACAAGACCGAGUUUAAGAUGGCAAUUACGCGGCGGCUUUCCUGGCCCAAGCUGCUGUUUUUGUUUGUCUGGCUGUGCCUGGCAUUGGACCCAAAUUGUGCGGCUCGAGUGCCCGGCGAUCGGUUUGCGUUUCCCUCAGAGUCCCAGCCCAAUGCCACGGCCAUUCGACUGGAGUCUAGAAUCAAAGAAAUCGAUCGGGAACUGGAGGAGGUGACCAGAAUGACGAAAAUUAGCAUCUUGAUCCCCGAGGAAAACAAGAAGGGCACACCUAGAACAACUGAUGGCGAAAACAAGUCAGAAAAACCCGGAAAUACGUCGGUUGAAGCCAGAAACGUGACCGAAAUCCCAAGUAAUUCCACGAGUAAACCAAUCCAAGUAAUCCGUACCCCUCCGAAAAAUCAAGCCCACCAAUCCAGCGAAUCCAAGAUGAUCACAUUCGCCAAAGAGCCGGAUUCAGACGAACCCGCUCCUUGGGACCAAACUGAACCCACCGUUGCCUCCAACAGGAGUAGUGUGGUGAUUGGUCCGAGAAUUACCCUGGAAACCCUUCGAAUUUGUCCGGCAGGUACUACCCUGAGUAAUGAUCACUGUCGCAAGAUUGCCUAGCUGAGUUUUGAAAUCAAUAAAUUGAAAUCAUAGUCCUGCUAUUGGAAAAACAAAAAAUAAAUAAAAGAUGGUAUAAAUUGUCAAAAUAUCCUUUAUGAUAUUCCUUAAAAAAAAAUGUUUUGUUUAAAUCCAAACAUAAGUAUUGUCAAGACAUUUAAGCAGUUAUUUGUCAAAGAAAAUUAUUAAAUAAAAAAUAAAAUAUUACUUCAAGAUUUUUAAAGAUAUUUUGAAGUAAUUUGCCAAAGAUUAA